AUGGGUUUCAAGUUGAUGUCUCUGGUCUUGGUCAUCUUCUUGGCCAUCGGCGUUGAAGCGGGUCCUGAUCAAUGUGACGUGAGCUGGUUCUAAAGAGGCGAUUUUUGUUUUGUUACCCGGUCUGGAUCAUAUUUGGUCGAAAAAUUCGUAAUUGCCGGGCGCAGAUCAAAAAAAACGGGCCGUUGACGGUUUAUUGUUUCUUUUAUUCUCGAUAUUUCCCAGGCUGACUACUGUUAGGAAGAUGAACUUUCCAGUCAACUUUUAGACAGAAAUCGGCUUCCGGUCUGUAAAGGAGGUAUAUUUUUUCAAACCUGCGCCGAGCCUUUACUUGGGAUUGGUUUUUAUAUAGUUGAAUCUUAAGUUAAAGAAUUGAUGUGUUCAAGUUUUUCGCACAAUAAAAAUGUUCUGGCCUAUCACAGAAAAUUUUUUUCGCGCUGCGCUAGAACUUUCAAGGAAUUCCUUUUUCUGGCCGACCUAAAGAGUAAGCCUUGAAAUUUGGCCCACGUUUUGGAGUGCUCUGAUCUUUCUGCUCUCUGCAGCCAAACAUGGGCGCACCUCGGAAAAUUUUUUUCCAAAUUUGUUAAGAAAAUUUAUUUUUGGUUUCUGAAAUUAAAAUUGUUCCUAACUUUUCCCAAAAAUUUUUUGUUUCAGGCAAAAUUGCGCGACCCGAAAAUAAGUGCCCAAAUGGACGGCAUUUGCGACGCCUGUGCCGCAUUCUUCCCCGACGAGCCCGAUUUUGCGGCCGGAUGCAAGUCCAGUUGUCACGAGAACGAGAACCGGGCCAGAUGUGUGGCACACGUGCAACGCCGUCUGAAAGAAUUAUCUCCCGUGAAAGGUUGAAGAAUAUUCAAUAAAUAAAUUGUUUUUGUUUAAAAGAGUGCGAAAAUACAUAUUAUGCAAUGAAAAAAGGCUCGGGCGCAGCUAAAAAAAAAGAAAAAAAAAUCCGGAAUCGACCAGAAAAAAGUCGAGUGGCUGUCAUGAUUGUGGAAAUGAUUUUAAUUUUUUUCCAAAGUUUUCAAAAUUUUGAAAUCAAAAAAUUUGAAUAAAUCAAAGGUCGAUUCUCAUUUUUAGCCAAACUUUUAGCCGCCCGAUCAGUUGUGUUUUUGUCUGCCCGCGAGUUCGUUUGCUCGUCAAGCGUGUUCCCCUGUUCCCCCGCUAUGGAUUUCAAGUUGAUCGCUCUGUUCCUGGCCCUCUGUCUGGCCGUUGCUGUGGCCAAACCCAACAAGGCGUUGAAGCUGAAGCAGUUUCAAAUGGAGGAUGUGGAUCCCAAGGACUGUCAUGUAAGUUGGGGGAAAUUCCGGGAAAUGUUUGGCAAGCUGCGUUCAAGUCAUAAUUUUUGUCAUUGUCGGGCGCAGCUUGCAAAAAAAAUAUACUAGUUAUUACAUACUUUGUUGAUUGGCCAUUAUCAGGAAAAGUCUAUGCGAGCUGCGCCCAGUUAAAAAUACAAGCCUGAGCCCCAACCCUAAUCUAAGCUUAGGCUAAGCCUGAACUAAGCCAGGAAACUUUUCAUUGUAUAAAAUGUCUUCUGCAGAUCGCACCCCCUGUCAUUUCCCCGAGUCUUUUGAUUUUUUUUGAGUGGUGGCCAGUCUGCGGAAGUUUUCCUAAAAAAGAAAACUUUUGAGAAAAUGAAGGGACGCGACUUGCGGAGGACAUUUUAUACAUUGAAAAGUUAAUUAGGCUAAAAACCAACUUUUACUUUUCUUUGUAAAGUUUUUCGUACUUUAGGGAAAGCUGGAAGGUCACGAGGAAGACCACAUGUACAUGUUGAGGGCCUGCUUUAACUGCGGCCUGUUCUUCAGGGAUGACAUUGAAUUCUUCCACCGUUGUGUGCAGAACUGCUUCGACAAUGACGACGUCACCGUCUGCUUCAACAAUCUUAGGGAAAACCAUCAACUUGAUGACAAAUAA